UGUAAAGUUAUCUCAGUGUUGUUACUUAGUCAAAUUAAUAUCUCGUUUGUUAGAGAAUCCUAAAAAUACUAUCCAGAAGGACGACCUGUUUUAGUGCUGAACUGAUUUUAGUAGUGAAAUCAGCUGGGGUUCGAAAUAACAGUUCAAAGUCCAGAAUACCCAAGAGAAACAUGUCUGGUCUGCGAGUCCUUGUAGGAUGUAAACGUGUUAUAGACUAUGCUGUGAAGGUAAAGCUGGACAUUUAUUAUAGAACAGUUAAAAUUAUAAUUAAUAAUUACCAAGUGCCAAGUAAAAGAUAUAAAUAUAAUCAUUAUAUUUAUAUUAUUAAUUAAUCAUAUAUUUUUUGUUAAAAAGCUUAGGCUUAAGACAAGUGGAGUUACAUCAAUUCAAUCAAUGUCAUAGUUCAUAGUCAUAACUUAUGAAUAUGAAAUUUUUGUUGUUGAAUUUUUUAAAAUCACUUAUAAUCUAUAAUCUAUAUAUAUAUAAAUAUAAUAUAUUUAGAGGCAGGGGCUGAACUGAUCCGUCAUAGUAAUGAAUAAAAUGAAUUAAUUUUUUUCCAUUACUACUGAACACUAAUACUAAUACUGAUACUACUAAACUUUGACUUUGUCUGUUAUGCAUGGUAUUGAUUUUUAUAUGAGUGAAAUGAGUGGCAUGCAUGAUGAAUAUUAUCGGUAUGUAGGUACAAAACUCACUCCCAUAUACCUUAUACCUAUCGCGCAUAUUGAAAAAUAACAAAACAACUUGUGAGGCCAUUUAAACAUUUAAUUUUUGUCUUGGUGAUCAUCUCGUCUCGUUUUUUUGCAUUUUACAUCACAGUUUUCUAAUUAUAAAAUUAUUUUAUCAUCAGUAACAUAGUAUGCAUAUUUUUCCAAACACUGUGAUAUCAUUUUUGCAGCAUUGUGUAUUUUGUGACAAAUAUCCUAUUUAAUAUUUUUAUUUACCGGUAUGUCUUUAAUAGGUUAUUAUUUUUUAAUGCAAACUUGCAGAACAUAGCACUUUACAGAGCUAGGGCUUUAUUUAUUCACAAACAGGACUAAUUUUAUUUCGUUAAUAACAAUUUCUGAAAAAAGUUGGAAAUCUCAGUAUUUAUGAAAAUGUGAGUUUUCACCAAUUACACCCCCCCUCUUCCCCCCUUCCCAAUCGGGUUGUCGGAAAUGGCUCUCCACAUGUGACAUAAAAAGAUGACCAUUAUUAUUUAUCUUUAAACUCUGUGGAACACUUAUCAGUUUUAAUGGGAAACAGUUUAACUAUAAUAUUUUAAUAAUAUCAUGAAUUAAUACAACCCAGUAAGUUUGUAAGUUAAAGAGUUUUUACUAAUUUUAGUUUGUGUAGUCAGUUGAAUUUCAGGGUAGUUUUGUCCCUUGUUUUACAUAAAAAAAUUAUACAAUAAUAAUAUGUAACAUAAUGUAUUGUAUCAAUUUAAGUUAAAAACUUUUAUGCGUGUAGGCCUAUACCUAAACAUUUAUCCGAUCUUCUUUAUUGAAACAAUCAUAGUUUAAUAAUUUUUUAAUAAUAUGAAUUGCUAUUCUUUCAUUAGUGACAUUAAUCCUAUAAUUAUUUUUACUAUAUUAAUAUUAAAGUGUAUAUUUUAAUAGGCCUAUGCAUGAUAAUAACAGUACCAGUAUUACUAAUAAACUAAUAAUACUAUUCUAUGCAACUGCAUUUACACUUAAAGACCUAAUUUAAGUUAGUAUUUUUUUUUUAAAAAUUAAUAAGGCAUUUAAUUAUAAAUCACAGACAAUCUACAUAGACAAAUAAUUAAUGUUUCUAAUAAAAUAAAAGUAAAAGAAAUUAGUUUUACUAAACAAAAAAACUUGAAUAAUAUUUACAAAGUAAUAAUAAUAAGUUCAGAGAUUUUGUAGAUUCAGGAUAUGAUUAGAUGUUAUUUCUAGGUUUCAUUCAGACACAAGAGAAAAUUAAAUUUUCUAUUAAAGAACUCUGUGGAAUUCCUUCCAUUGACAAAGACAAAGUUUAUGAAGGAGAGAUUGUGUAUUCACCAUAAGACCUAGAAUAAAAAAUGACAGGUAGAAUAUCCCUAUUACCUUUUUAAAAUUUAAAGACAUACCCGGUAUGCUGGUAUUUGUCAUAUGGGUGAUAUUAGUAGUUUUUAUUUAUAAUCUCAUGCAUUCAAUUUUAUCUUUUAAAAAGACUUCUACUUAAUGUUUAUAAAUUUAAGAAUAGAUAAUUUAACUGAAGCACAUAAGUCAUGACAUAAUUAUUUAAAAUAUUUGUUAUUUUAUAAAUAAUAAUUUUUCCUAUUAUUCUGUUCAUUUUUUUUUAACAUACCCUGAAAUAUAAUUAUAAAAAAUAAAGAGUUUUGGUGCUAUUUUAAAGUUUUGUUGUUAAUUGUGUUGCAUAUUGCAUUGAGAAUUGAAACGGACAAAAUAAGUGUAUGUAUGGCUCUUAACUACAUUCUUAACUCUGGAAUGUUUAGUCAGUAACUAGGCCUAGUAGUAGUCAGAACAAGAGUGGCCAGGAAGAGUACUGUUUACCACUUGGGUACAAUGUUGAGCCGUGAGACAGAGCAUUUACUUACAGCUGUUACAGUACAGUGAAAUUUUCAUUUCGUCAAAAGUUCAUUCUGAAAUUUGAUUUGCAUUUUUUUCUCAAUUGAUUUUAAUUUCCUCCAUCAUCAAGAUUCGAGUUAAACCAGACAAAACUGGAGUUGUCACAGAUGGGGUGAAGCACAGCAUGAACCCUUUUGAUGAGAUAGCCGUGGAGGAGGCAGUGAGGAUGAAGGAGAAAAAGAUUGUCUCUGAAGUUGUUGCAGUUUCUUGUGGUCCUGCUCAGUGCCAGGUAUACAUUUACAUUUGCAUCACAACUAGUACAUUUGAUGAACUGUUGUUCUUUUAUAUUAAAUUAAAUUUGAAUGAAUAAGUUGAGUAGUGUUAGUGAAAUUUUUUCUUGAAUGGGUAAAAGUUCAGGAAGAUAUAUUAUUAUUAUUACUUCAGUGGUCUUAUAUAGCGCAGUUAUUCUUUCUUUUAUGGUUUGUCUUCACUAUGAAGCAUAAACUUUUGAGAUGUAGGUGCUGCACCCAUGUUUUCAUUGCAUUAAUAAAGCAACCAAAUCAUGUAUCUUGAGAUUACCAAGUUGGAUUAAGUCAUGUUUUUACUGGGGAAACUACUCGCCUGUUGAUGAUUUGAUAGGCUCAUUUGAAUAAUGCAGAGAUGAAAUUAACAUUUUUAAUUGUUAAAACUGAUACCCAAGUAAUUACAUGGCCAUCUGGUCCAUUACACAGCUAAUCCAAAAAUGUGCAUGGAUGUGAAGGCCAGUGUGUGCCUGAUUCAAGUAACACAUAAUAAAAUAUAAAAUUUUUCAAUAAAUAUAUGGUUUGAAAUUAUUGUAAGGGUUGUAUGCAAACUAUUCAUUUGAACAUGGAUUACUAAUAAUUUUAUUUGCCAAAAAAAAAACCCCAGGAAAUUUUGAGGACAGCCAUGGCUAUGGGAGCUGACCGAGCCAUCCAUGUUGAAGUUGAUGCCAAGAAUUAUGACACAAUGCUGCCCUUACACGUGGCAAAAAUACUUUCCAAGAUUGCUCAAGAAGAGAAGGCUGACAUUGUAUUCACAGGAAAGCAGGUAGCUGUACACAGAUUUAAAGGGUCUGGUUUAAUGAAAAUUAGGUUGGAAUAAUAAUGCUCACUAAUUUUGUUUUUGUCUCAAAUGAUCACCUGCAACUUGCAGUGUAUAUUUUUUUGAGUGAUGUAUAUACUUCAUAGCCAAACAUUAUGUCUGUAUAGACCUUAAUUACAUGGCCAAACAUAAAAACAUUAUUAUGUCUGUAUAGACCUUAAUUACAUGGCCAAACAUUAAUAUGUCUGUAUAGACUUUAACUUCAUAGCCAAAUAUUAUUAGGUUUGUAUAGACUUUAACUUCAUAGUCAAACAUUAUUAGGUCUGUAUAGACUUUAAUUUUAGAGCCAAACAUUAUUAUGUCUGAAUUUUUUGCUUGCCUUCAUUCUGGUCUCACAGACUCUAUAUCUUUGAUUCAGCCAAAGCUUUAAUCUACUGUAGGGAGGUCAGCAGCUUGCUUUCUUUGUCUGCGCUUCUCCUCAAGUGCCUCUUUGCCAGUGAGACUCAAGUGUCUGGGUGGCAGUAUUUGCUAAGGAUCUCCCAAUCAUCUCCAUCACAGGCCAGCAGUUCCCAUGCACUUUCUUCUUAUCCAAGCUGAUGAUCUUGUUCUGGAGUUGAGCUGGAAGCUCCUUUAUUUCAUUAUCCCUUGCACCAGUACACUAUGGAAGUCUGUUUGGGGCAUACAAUAGUCUCCCAGAAGAUAUGCCCAGUCCAACGUGGCUUGCAUUUAAAAAUCUGCUGUGACGUUUAGUUAGGUUUGAAGUUCUGUGUUUUUCCUCUUUGCAUUGAAGUUCACAGUAAUGCUAACGAUAAUCUGAUGCAAACUUGUUAUAUUUUGUGUCUUCAUCAAAGCUGAUGUGUUGACUUUAACUCUUUUCAUUCCUCUUAUAUAGAGAGCGUACAACUUCUUACGUAGGUUUUUUUCGCUCAUAAAAUUAUGUCUUUUUUUUUCUUUCAAAAGUAUUCUAUAGUUAUUUGAUAAUAAAAUUGGAUGCAAAAUGUAAAAAAAAAAAAUAAAAGUUAAAGAUUUUGAAUUAUUUUCUUGCUUUUUUUGCGAGUUCGAGGUUCACAUGAAUCUAUGAUUCAGAUUUUGAUGAUAAUCUUCCGUUGCAGCCGAUUUUACCUGUUAACACUAGAAGGUUAGUAAUCCAGUGCUUCGUCAUUCAAAUUUUUUUUUUUUAGAUUUCUUAUAAUUAUUUUUUUUAAUCGGUUUAAAUUGUAUUUUUAAAGCAUAUUGUAAUAUUUACUAGCCAAUUUUAAAUGAAUCUACGCAAAAAAAAAUUUUUUUUAACAUGUGAAUAUUUUAUUACAUUUAUUUUUCUAGAAGACGUUAUUCUUAGAAACUGUUGCUAAGGAAUGUAAACAAUGCAGUCGGCACUGGUUAUUAAUAUAUAUUUUAUCAUACAGGACAAGAAAUUUGACAUCAAUGUGUUUUUUUUUUAAAUUUUAAUGUACUGACAAUAAAUUUUGUAGUCAUAAUGGUUUUCAGACAGAAUUGAAAGUACACAAACUUGAAAUUAAAUUGAGGUACAUAUUUUUUUAUUCAUUGCAAUCCUAAAAGUAGCAUAUAAGUAUAUAAUAUCUGUUCUUUUAUAUUUACAGGGUAAACUCAUAUGAUGUUCAUGACGAUGGCCCACCAGUUCCUAUUCCCAAGUUUCUCCCAGCCAGAAAGCCAGGCUUACAUCUAAGGGAAGAAAUGUCAACAAGGGACACAGUGAGGCAAUUUCUAGACCCUCAAGACUUUUUCAAAUUGUUUUUUACUUUGGAUUUAGUGGAAACAUUUGUGAAGUACCCCAAAAACUAUGCCUCAACCAUGGGGCCUACUAAGCCUUCAAUCUACAGUGGUUGGUAUGAUGUGUCAGCAGAGGAAUUUUACAAAUUUCUAGGGCUCCUUUUAUGUACAUGUCAAUUGUACAGGUCCCCAGUGUUAAAAAAUACUGGUCUACGUCAACUUUGUACCAUGGACUUUGGGCCAGAGCCUUUUUGACCAGAAAAAGAUUUAUUCAAAUAAUGACAUUCCUCAAAGUUUCAAACAUUGAAACAGAGAAUAAGGAGGACAAACUAUUCAAAGUUAGAUUUCUUUCUGAUUUUAUACGAAGAAAAUGUCAGAAGCUUUACCAGCAUCGCCAACAGCUAUCGAUAGAUGAACGCAUGGUAAAAAACAAAGGGAGAUACACAUUCAGACAAUACAUAAGGGACAAGGCAACGAAAUGGGGUAUGAAAGUUUGGGUCAUAGCAGAGGCAAUAACAGGCUACACCUAUGAUUUUGAUGUGUAUUUAGGGAAGCAAACCCAAUCAUCAAAUAAUGGCUUGGCCUAUGAUGUAGUAAUGAACCUUAUCAAAUCUGUUAAAAACCAAGGCUACCAAGUGUUUUUUUUGAUAAUUUCUACAGUGGUUAUAAAUUACUCAAAGAAAGAUCUGUUAUUACUAGGAAUACUUGCUUGUGGUACCAUUUUGAAAAAUAGGAAAGGUUUUCCUAAUGAACUAAAAGACAUUAAAAGUUAUGAAAAAAAGUCAAAGAGAGGAGAUAUGAGGUGGAUUAGAGAGGAUGAAGUUUUAACUGUUCAAUGGAGAGACAAUAAGACAGUCUCUCUUGUUUCCAAUUAUAUGACAGCUAAUGGAUUUUCCUUUGUAAAGAGGAGAACCAAAGUUGAUGGUGUUUUCAGACAAUUAUUAGUGAGACAACCUAACAUUGUAAAAUCAUACAAUGCAUUCAUGUGUGGUGUAGAUAAAAGUGACCAGUUAAUAAAUAACACACUAAGGAAAACAAAAAAGUACUGGAAAACCUUUUUCUUCCAUUUUGUCGACAUUGCCAGGGUGAACAGUUACAUUUUUUUUCAGGAGUGGAGAAAAGAAAAUCCUGACAUUGAGGAACUAAAGCGGCCUAGCCGCUACCUACAAAUUGAUUUCACCGAGGAACUUAUUAGAACAUUGGGUGGAUUACAAAAAACUGAGGAAGUUCCAAGUGCCACAAAUGUUAGCAACUCAAAAUACCAGGCAGUGCAUCCAAUUGUCCCUGAGUGCACACAUUUAUACAGAAAUUGUAAGCUUUGUUAUAAAUUGGGGAUGCAAAAAAAGUCCACAAUCAAAUGCAGCACCUGUGAAACUUACCUUUGUUUUAAUAAGACAAGAAACUGUCUUGUAGAGUAUCAUAAAGUUUAAAUUGACCACAUGUAUAUUUUCUUUGGUAUAAAUAUUUAUAAACUUGUAAAAUAAAAUUAUUCUUAUUAACAAGUUGUGAAGGGGUGGUCUAUUGAUUUUUUAAAAAUUAUUUCCCCUUGUUAAUACAUUUUUCAAAAUCUUUCAUAUUGUCAUAACAUGCCAUUAAAAAUGUUUGAAUUCUUUGUAUUGCAUACAAAAAUGAUUUUCCUUUCUGAAUAAAUCAUUUUUUUGAAAAAAUUCUUGAUACAUUUUUUUUCCUUCUUUGUAUCUAAUAAAAAAAUAUAUUUUUGUUUAAAUUUCAAAAAAAAAAUUUUUUUUUUUUGUUUAUCACAACUUCAAAGUAAUUAACUCAAAUUUUAAGAAACAUUAAUUACUAAAAGCACCAUGCAUUUCCCUACAAUUUGAUAUAUAACAUCAUGAACUUUAGACUAAAACUCUUUAUGAUAUAGACUCUUUUUGUGGCAUCACUAGAAAUCUUCAGAAAAUAAUGAAAAAUUCAAGUAACGUAAAGAGUUAAAUGAAUAAAAUUCAAAUUGUUCCUGAAAUCCACUAUUUGGUACUGAAUUGGCUAAAAAAUAUAGUCUGUGCAUACUAACCUGAAAUUGAUCAUAUCUGUUUUUAUUUUCCAUGACUCAGUUUUUUUAAUAAUUAAAAACUAAAGACUUAUCCAUUUUUUUAAUACAAAACUUUUCUACCAGGCCAUAGAUGAUGAUGCCAAUCAGACUGCUCAGAUGGUUGCAGGAAUUUUGAACUGGCCCCAGGUAAGUUUAGAACUACUCUUAAAUAUUCCAGUUGUGCUGAGCAUUUGAAUGAUGCAGAGCGUAAUGCCUUAAAAUUUUUUUUAUCAGAAUAAAAAAAGAAAGGCAGCCAAAAGUAAUCAAACAAAAGCAACUCUUAACGUGGCAGUGUUAAAAUAAAUUAGGCUGCACCCAUGACUGCAAGCUACUCAAAUUUAUGCGUCAGAAAUUACAAAUUUUUUUCACUCUCAUUAAAAAAUGUUGAAACUGAUAAAAGAGGUUAUAUGUGUGAUUAAAAUAAUUUGUACUGUUCCACGAGAGAAAAUUUGUGCAUGAAGUCAAUAGCCCCGUUAGCCAGUUGUGAAUUCAUGCGAUUUUGAUAAACUUUCCAAAUCAAGGAUAGACAGUUCAUGUGGUGUUGAAAAACCAUGCUUUAUAUUGUCUCAUGUCCCAGGCCACAUUUGCCAGCAAGAUUGAGAAGGUUGACGGCAACCUGAAGGUGACAAGAGAGAUUGACGGGGGCCUGGAGACCAUCAGUGUUAAGCUGCCUGCUGUGAUCAGCUCUGACCUGCGGCUCAAUGAGCCACGCUACGCCACACUUCCAAACAUCAUGGUAGGUAGCAAAAAAAAAAAGCCAGGUGUAUCCCGAGAUGCCCACACAUCCAUACUUGAACGCUUGUUGUCAACAUGCCAAAAACUUGUGUUCAAAUUUUUGCUGUUUAUUAUUUACAUCUUCAAAGACUUCCUGAAAUUUAUGUUGCCAGUAGAGUCAUCUUCAAAGUUGUUAAAAUAUUAUUUACCUGUUAUGUUGGUUAACUGCCGUAUAUUACCACAUAACAGUGUGAGAAAUUUAGGGUAAAAUAUGCUACGUAAAGAUAGGGGUUUGCCCUGUACGCGCAUAUAAGAUUUUUUCAUUAUUGGUAAACAAUGUCUUGGGUUCUAAUGCAACCAAAUCUUCUUGGUCCACUUGCAUUCGGUGAACAAGGGUGCAUGGUAUCUGCACAUCACAAAAGUUAUGCAAGUAGCACCCCUUUGAUCAGCAAAGUUGUUUCAGUAUGACAACAGUUCAUUUUAAAUAUACAAAAAAAACCCCAAAAAACCAACAAGAUGGCGGUCAUGUUUGUGAGAAACAGAAAUUGUCACUAGCGUUCUAAAACUGAUCUUUAAAUAUGUUCCUAUUGUAACCAAACCUACCAGAAACAGAAAUAUCACAGUGAUAAAUUAACAAAUUUUGAUAUUUUCACUAGAAAUAAAUAUUUAUUUAGAUAAUUCCUAUAGUAGUAUCAUGGACCAAGAUUAACAGGUGACGUUUUACUUGGACAUGUCCGUUUAGGGCUUUUUUAAAAGCAAAAUGCAGUAUUCACAGUAAGAUAUGGUGUAUAAUAAAAUUAAAAUGUGCUUAAAGAAAUAUACUUUCUAUAGCAGAGAUUCUCAGUGAUUUUUUUUCUUUCUCCAUUGAAACCUUUACCAGUCAGAUGUAGGCCGUGGGUCCUCUCUUAAAGUAAAGUUUUAAAUAGGUAUAAUACAUUUGCAAAGGAUAUGCAACUUGCAGACCCCUGUGAAACCUUUUCUCAGACCCAACCAAAGAUUUUGUGAACCACUGGUUAAGAACCUCGUCUAUAGAUUAUUAGAUAAUGAAUAAAGAUAAUUUAUAACUUUUUAUUUUAUUUUUGACAGUGUAGUUUGUGUAAUCACAGUACAAUUACAGUAUAAUCACAGUAUAAAUACAGUGCAAUGCAGUAUAAUCACAGUAUAAGUACAGUGCAAUGCAGUAUAAUCACAGUAUAAGUACAGUGCAAUGCAGUAUAAUCACAGUAUAAGUACAGUGCAAUGCAGUAUAAUCACAGUAUAAGUACAGUGCAAUGCAGUAUAAUCACAGUAUAAGUACAGUGCAAUGCAGUAUAAUCACAGUAUAACUACAGUGCAAUGCAGUAUAAUCACAGUAUAAGUACAGUGCAAUGCAGUAUAAUUACUGUCUCCUUGUAUAAAAAUAGAAAUAAACACUGUAAGUAAAGUAAAUACUAACUGACUAAAAAUUGUAUAAUUCUUCAAAACAGUUUUCUUGUUCAAAUCAGUAAUAGUAAACUCAUUUACUCCUGUAAGUGUAAGGUAGUAAAAUAGGAACUGCACAUUUUUUAAAAAACUUUAACCUCUACAAGUGUUAUUUUAAGCUCCUGCACAGAAUAGCUGCUGCUGGGCAUUUUAUUCUGUGCCCUUAGUGUGCAAUGCCUUACACUGGGCAGGACACUCUUGGCUAGUUCUUGAAUGUGAGGUGAUCAUAAUGUCAACUGGGGUCAGGGUGUAGGUUGUCUGCAGCAUUCAAAAUUGAAAGAAGAAAAAUAGAGAAAACAUUUAGUGCACUUCACAUAACUAGAAAACCUGAUACUAAUGUAGACAAGGAACUGAGACAUGUUUCAAUAAAAAUUAUACUUUUCUUCUCUUUUUUUCUUCUCUUUUUUUCUUCUUUUUUGCGAUUUUUAUUUUUCUUCUCUUUUUUUCUUUUCUCUCUCUCUUUUUUUUCUCUUUUUUUUUGUGUACCUCUUUUCUAUUUUUUCUUCUCUUUUUUUUUGUGUACCUCUUUUCUAUUUUUUCUUCUCUUUUUUUUUCUAUUUUUUCCUUUUUUUCUCUUUUUAAAAAAAAUUGAAAUCUGUGUCUUUGGACCUAUAUGGUGCCCUGCCUUUUUAUGUUAUCUGUAUUGAUACACUAGAAAUAUUUAAAGAUAAAUCUUCAAUGAAGCAUACUUCUAAUGAAUUAUAUCAUGUAUAGUUAGUUAUGAAUAAAUAAGUUAAGUAUAUACGUUGAGUUGUAUAAUUUUAAAUGUGACAUUAAACUUUUUGAUCAGUCAUCAUGUGUUAAUCUCAGUGGUCAUGGUAUUCUUUGGCUAACCUUAUAUUUUCCAACACCCCACCUCCACAGAAAGCCAAAAAGAAACCCCUGGUGAAAAAGACACCUAAAGAUUAUGGCGUCGAGCUGACCUCCACACAGCAGGUUCUGAAGGUGGACGAGCCGCUGACCAGGCAGGCUGGCUCCAAACUGGGCAGUGUCGAGGAGCUGGUCCAGAAGCUCAGGGAUGCCGGCCUCGUACCAUCCUGAGAUUUUAGUCCUAGAAUAAAAUAAUGGCAAUGUCCUUGUUGAGACUGUAUGAUAUAGAGUGUGCCAGCAAAGCAGUUUUGAUGAGCAAGCUGUUUUAUUAGGAUCAUACUUUGGAAUUAGAUUUCUUUUUUAAAAAAAAAUUUGUGAAUCUGUUAAUUUCAGGAUUUUUGGAUAGCAAGGAAGAUAUAUUAUUAUUUUUUAUUUUUUAUUUUUAUUUUUUUUUUGACUGUAGGUUUUAUAAAAGGAUCAGUGGAGUGUUAGCAUAGCUGAGACAAAUACUUUAUAGCCUUUCAUGUUUAAACCUGGGUAUGGUAAUAAACCAUUGGGUCACAUGAGAAGAUGAUUUGAAUAGUUUCAUGAAAUACCCUGUCUGCAUCAGAGGAGUUACAUGCAUUUGUAAACCGUGCCAUUAGCUGGGUCAAUUUUGCAUCAAUUUUUCUUUUUCUUUUUUUUUUCGUUUAAAUUUUUUUUUGCAAUAUUUAUGCAAAGUUUAAGUUGUUUUGCUGUGUGAUGCAUGGUGUUUAACCAUGUCUUACCUGUUGGAAUAAUAAAAGAAAUAUUUACAUAUGUAUAAUCUUGAAAGCUGUGUAUGCUGUCAUCAGGCACCAAAGUGGUGAUUAGCAAAUAUUUAUCAAAUUUACAGAUGAACUGUUGCAAUCAGAUGUUGAACACACACACACACACACAAAGAAAUGAAUAAAUUGUUUGCCUUUUUCAUUUCAU